AUGUAUAGGUUGAGUAGGAGAUGUCAUAGGAAUUGUAUAACUGGUGUAGCGGUAGAGUCUGAUGUGGUAUGUUCUGUGGGCAAGGAUUCCACGGUGUUGGUGCAUAAAAGAACCGAAUCCGACCUCGUCUGCGUUAACAAAUUUACGCUCUCAAAAGAUAAAAUUAACCUUUCCUCCGUCGAUCUCAACAAUAAUCUCAUCGUCACCGCUGACUCCAAUGGCUCCAUCCAUCUUAUCCCAAUUAACACACGGAAUGUUAUUAACUGUACUAACGGAUACAACACUGUUGACAGCGUAAAUGAUGAAAUAGAUGAAAAAGUUACGAGUAGACAAAUGAGAACAAAUGCCCACGUGGGAUUGGUGAGUUAUGUGAGAUAUUGUGGACAGACUCAGGUGAUGAGUUGUGGUUACGAUAGGAAAGUCCGUGUCUGGGACUUGAGGAACUUAAAAAUUCCAUUACAUAACCUCACAGGACACACAGCAAAUGUUAAUUACCUGGACACUACAACACUCAACUCACCUGAAGAAUAUCUCAUCACAUUCUCCAACGAAUCAAAUAAGAUCUUAUCCGCCGGUUCUGAUCGUACCGUAAGGCUAUGGAAUAGUCCCCCGGUGAUGUGUAAGAACAAUUGCGGAUUUUGCGGUAGUCCUGCGAAUGAAAACUACUGCUCCAAAUGCUAUCGCGAACACCUCAAACGCAAAUCGCUACUCAUCAACACGAACACUUCUAAUUCUAAUACUAAUACCAAUACUAACACUGACACUACGGAUACUGUGGACACCGUUGACACUGUGGACAAAGUGGUAAAUGGUACAGAUAAUGUUGAAUUUGAGACUACUGUGGAAACUGCAACACCGGAAACUAAUAAAUUAGAGAAUAAACUGGAGAACAAAGAGGAGGAGGAGAACAAGGAGGAGGAGAGUUACAGUUGUAGUGUGUGUGGGAAGAUGGUUGGUUUAUUGGGAUUUUCGUGUCGUUGUGGUAAUGUGUUUUGUAGCCUACACCGCCAGGCCAAUGUCCACAACUGCCAAUUUGAUUAUAAAAGUUAUAAUCGAUUACAACUACAACGCAAAUCCGUCAAAGUCGUUGCUGACAAAUUAGAACGCAUUUAA